CUUCCCUUAUUUCCCUGCAUUUCUCCUCCGUGCUCAUUGUCACAGGGACACCUACCAUGAACAGCAGUUCGAUGUUGAACGUGUCUCUGCUGAUCUGAGCCCUGCCGGCCACAGGAACCCACGUCUUCCUGAAGCGUCUCCAGGUCCCGAGGGACAACGUCCAUGGUGAGGACCCCACAGGGAGGUGCUGAUGGACGGGCUGAGGAUGAUGGAGACCUCAUGGGGGAGGCUCUGACAGGGAAGGACGUGCCCUGGGUCACCUCACUGGGAAGGGGCUUCUCAGGAAGGCUUGGAUCUAUUUCCUGCACCACAUUAAAACAACAGCCAGGCUCCUGGGGAGACGCAUGUUCCCCUUCCUGUGGGGCUGCUGGCAUGAAACCAAAACACAGGGAGGGCCAGCCUCCCAGGGGCCACUCGCUGUGUGUCUGUCCUGAGGGCACCAUGGUCUCCAUCUGCACAGCCAGGACCAGAGCGAGGAGACAACAUGAUCCCCACCCUCAUGGCUACAAUCUGCCUUGGGCUGAGCGUGGGCCUGAGGACCAGAGUGCAGGCAGGGACCUUCCCCAAACCUACUCUCCAGGCUGAGCCAGGAUCUGUGAUCCCUUGGGGGAGCUCCGUGAACAUCACAUGUCAGGGGACUCCAGGGGCUGAGGAGUACUAUCUGUAUAAAGAGGAAAACAUACAACUAUGGAAAACACAGAAGCCACUGAACACCAGAGACAAGGCCACGUUCUCCAUCACACAAAUGACAGAGCAUGAUGCAGGGAGAUAUCGCUGUUACUACCGCAGCCCCUCUGGCUGGUUAGAGCCCAGUGACCCCCUGGAGCUGGUGGUGACAGGAUCCUACAGCAAACCCAGCCUCUCAGCCCUGCGCAGUCCUGUCGUGACCUCAGGAGGGAACGUGACCCUCCAGUGUGGCUCAGGGCAGGGAUUUGGCAGGUUCAUUCUGACUAAGGAAGGAGAACACAGGCUCUCCUGGACCCUGGACUCACAGACACAGCCUAGUGGGCAGCACCAAACCCUGUUCCCUGUGGGCCCCGUGACCCUCAGCCACAGGUGGACGUUCAGAUGCUAUGGAUGUUACAAAAACAACCCCCAGGUGUGUUCACACCCCAGUGACCCCCUGGAGCUCCUGGUCCCAGGUGUGUCCGGGAAGCCCUCCCUCCUGGCCCAGCAGGGCCCCAUCGUGGCCUCUGGACAGAGACUGACCCUCCAGUGUCGCUCUGAGGUCGGCUAUGACACAUUCACUCUGUCCAAGGAGGGGGCACAGGACCUCGCCCAGAGCCUUGUCCUACAGCCCCAGGCUGGGCUCUCUCAGGCUGACUUCUCCCUGGACACUGUGAGCACCUCCCACGGGGGCCGGUACAGAUGCUACGGUGGACACAACCUCUCCUCUGAGUGGUCGGCCCUCAGUGACCCCCUGGACAUCCUGGUGGCAGGAUGGCUCUCUGACAGACCCUCCCUCUUGGUGCAGCCGGGUCUCACGGUGACCUCAGGAGAGAACGUGACCCUGCUGUGUCAGUCACAGUACCCGAGGGACACGUUCCUUCUGUGCAAGGAGGGGGCUGCCGAUCCCCCCCUGCGUCUUCCAUCAAAGCACCGAGCUCAGCAGUACCAGGCAGAGUUCUCCAUGAGUCCUGUGACCUCCACUCAUGGGGGCACAUACACGUGCUACAGCUCACUCAGCACCUCUCCCUACCUGCUGUCACAGCCCAGUGAGCCCCUGAGGCUGCUGGUGUCAGGAGAAGCCAGCACCAUCAGCCCUUCACAGAACACCUCACACCCCAAAAGUGCCUCCCACCCCCUAGACUACACAGUGGAGAACCUCAUCCGGUUGGGCGUGGCUGGCUUGAUCCUGGUGGUGCUUGGAGUGCUGCUGUUUGAGGCUCGAAACAGCCAGACCAGUACCCACCAGGCAGUUGGGAUGUAGACACAGGAGGAAACAACGCACCUUCAGAGAGGAUCACCUUGGAAAUGAAUCUCAUGUGCCCAGAAGGCUCUGGAGGAGAAUCUGGGACCUAUGCGGAGUGACCUGUGUGCAGCUCACUGCAGGGGGAGCAGUCAUUGUCCACGUGCAGGGAGAAUGUCUGGAAUAUUUUUUAUUAAGCUGUGUACACUUUCAUCCCCACCAUUGCUGAGUCGAGUGACGGGUCCUGACUUCCCCCUAAUGGAGGAAUGAGCAUUUAUCCCACGUGGCAGAUGUCAGUCCACACCUCCUACACCUUCAUGGAAUAGGUUUUCCUUGACUUCUCAUCACACACACCUUGAUGGACGGACAGAGUUCCCAUCUGCUCAGUUCAGAGCCAUCCAUUCUAAUCAAUCUAUAGGUGGUAUAAGCAAGAUCCAUCCCACUCGAGAUAAAUCAAAAUGUUGUCCGAGCGCCCUCUCUGGACUCCAUCCACCCUUUGCUUUCCCUCAGAUGCACCCUGUGUACUUUCCUCAGAAAUCUGAUGUCUUGGAAUCAAGAUGCUGCUGUUUGAAGGCUCCCCUGGGCUGUGCUGCCUCUGAAACCCGUUGUUCUAAAUACCAUGCAAUGUACCGAUGUGUGUUAUAGAGUGUACACCUCACACCUGUAGAAGACUAUUAUCCAAUGUCACCCCAAUAAAGUUAAUGAGCACAACACCGGUUCUUGGCAUUUGCGUUUCUCUGGUAUAUAUGGUUCCUUCAUGGCCAACUUCAAGGUGUUCAUGUUGUUACCAGACAGGGACCAGCCUGGACCGUGUCUGCCUCAGUCUGGCCUGUCGUGUGUGGGUUCUUGACUUUGUGUAGAAAAGACUUC